AUGGAUCCAGAUUAUCGACCGGCAAUUGAUGAGAAGGAUCCUUUGUAUAACGAAGAAGAACAGGGCUACAUUUUGACCACGGAAAAUGGGGUCAGCACUGCCAAGAAAGGUCCUCGUGGAUACGAUCCCAUUGAAUCCAAAGCCAUCUAUGGACCCAUGUUGACGCUCAGCGAAUUCAAAAUUCAAGUGGCCAAUUGCGUCAAGGAAUACUUUGAUUCUGGUGAUUCCGAUGAAGUCAUUCGCACCCUACUCGAGUUGUCAUGUCAAGAGUAUCACCGAGAGAUUGUCAAAAAGGCAAUCUCAUUGGCCAUGGACAAGGGCCCGCGGGAACGGGAACUGACCAGUCGAUUGUUGACAUCGCUGCAUCCAACGCCCAUGUCCGAUGGCGACAUGGCGCUGGGAUUCGAGAUCCUUUUGGAUU